AUGCCAGUGUCCUUAGGCAAUCUGCUUGUACUUAUGCUUGGGACAACUUACUUUAGAGAGGGAAGCUCUAGAUCAAUGUCGCGACAGCAAGAUUCUAAAUGUGGAAAGAAACCCUUGGAACAAAAUGCAGGGAGUUUCCAUAACUACCUCUCUAGGAUUGUUGGUGGGAACCAGGUGCAGCAUGGCUCACACCCAUGGCAGGUUUCCUUGAAACGAGAGAACAGUCAUUUUUGUGGCGGAACCCUUGUUUCUACUCAAUGGGUGAUCACAGCAGCUCACUGUGUUCAAAGCAGAAACCUGCUCAGUUCUUUGACCAUCACUGCCGGAGAACAUGAUCUGACUCUGACAGAGCAGGAAGAACAGACACUACCUGUAAAACAUAUCUUCAGUCAUCCAAAAUUUGACCCCAGGAAACCAAUGAAUUAUGACAUUGCCCUUCUGAAAGUGGAUGGCAGCUUUAAAUAUGGUCCCAAAGUUUGGCCAGCGUGUCUUCCCAGUCCAGAUGAAACGUUUGAUCCAGGCUAUAUAUGCAGCACUUGUGGCUGGGGUCGCCUAAGAGAAACAGUUACGAACUCUUUUGCUUGCUAUUCAGAUGGAAUCCUCCCUCAAAUCUUACAUGAAGUGGAAUUGCCAAUCUUAGACCAAGACGAAUGUUCUAGAGCACUUUCUACUUUAAAGAAACCUGUCCGAGGCGACACUUUAAUGUGUGCUGGGUUUCCAAAUGGAGGAAAAGAUGCAUGCCAGGGUGACUCUGGAGGCCCUCUUGUGUGUCUGAAUGAACAUGGCUCCUGGACCCUGGUUGGGGUGACCUCAUGGGGGAUGGGAUGUGCUCGUGGCUGGAUGUAUAACCUGAGAAAAAAGUACAAUAGAAGAGGAUCUCCAGGAGUUUUUACAGAUCUUAUCAAGCUUCUCCCCUGGAUUCAACAAUAUAUGGCCACUGAUGUCAGAAUGAAAAGUUCUACAGCAUCAUGCAGUAUUCAGGAUGGUAGGCUCCUUGGCAACGAAGGAGGACUACACCUGCCUGAAAGCCCCAGACGUUUCUAUCCGGAUAAUCAGUUGUGCGUCUGGACUCUGCUUGUACCAGAAGGAAUGCAUAUUCUGCUGAACUUUUCCCACUUUGAUGUGGAGCCAGAUAUAUUUUGUGACUAUGAUUCCCUGUCAGUGAUUUCUAAGGACGAUCAGCUAGUCGGGAAAUUCUGUGGAAGGAAUCCUCCAUUACCCAUAUUGAUUGGCUCAAAUAGUAUAAGGCUUAAAUUUGUAUCAGAUAAUAAGGAACGUGGGACUGGAUUUUCCAUGAAAUACCAGGCUGUUGCACCAGCUAUGCUUCCAGAUUCUGGCUGUGGAUCGCUAGCUGUACUCUUUGAGGAAGGAACGAUACAAAGCAUGCACUACCCUGAGGCAUACAGCAACUUGGCAGAUUGUCAGUGGAUAAUUCAUGCUCCAGAGAAUUAUGUGGUCAAGCUCACAUAUGACAAUUUUAAACUGGAAGAAAAUAAAGACUGCACGUAUGACUCAGUGACAGUGUAUGAAAACAUUGCAAUGGAGAAAGAAAUAGCUCGGUCCUGUGGAUUUGCUAUCCCGGCACCAGUUCUAAGUUCCGCUACUACCAUGCUGAUCAGGUUUCGUUCAGAUGAAUCAGAGACUUUUGGUGGAUUCAGAGCUACAUUUUCAUACAUUCCCAUUGCAGAUUUAAAUAUAUCAGAUACAAGCAGUGCAGUGAUAGUUCCUGAUCCUGAACAAAUAAAUGACCCUGCAAAUGCAGCUGACAUUCCUGAUGACCUUUGUGGAGUAGCAUCAAAUCAGCCAAGGUUUCUUUUCAGUCGGAUAACUGGAGGCGAGGAAGCUGUACCCUACUCCUGGCCUUGGCAGGCUAGUAUGCAGAUUUCAGGUGAAAAUAUCUGUGGAGGAACAGUUCUCACUAAUAUGUGGGUGGUCUCUGCUGCUCACUGCUUUACAUACAGGACACAAUACAGAGAUCUAUGGAGAGUGGUGGUUGGAGUCCAUGAUAUCAAAGCUCAAGAGCCAAACAGUCAGAAAAGAUCAGUGAAGAAGUAUAUCAUACAUCCAGAUUUUAACAGCACUACAAUGGACUCAGACAUUGCUCUGGUACAGCUGACUGAACCUUUAGAACUCAAUCAUGUUCGUCCUGUGUGCCUGCCUGAGAAAGAUGAAAAAGUUGAACCUUCAAGGGUUUGUAUCAUCACAGGCUGGGGCAUUCAUAAUGAAGACAAAGAAAAAUCAAGAAAACUCCAGCAACUUGAAGUUCCUAUUUUGGAUUCUGAAGAAUGCCAUAAAUACUACAUGAACCAUUCUGGAGGAGUGACCAAACAGAUGUUCUGUGCCGGAUUCCCUGCUGAAAGGGACAAGGAUGCAUGUACAGUAAGUUCCCCCGGGCCACUAGUUUGUCCUUCAGAAGAUUCAAGUUACUACACUCUUCAUGGAAUAAUAAGCUGGGGAUCUGGCUGUGGAAGAAAAGAUUACCCAGGAGUGUAUACAAACGUAGCUUCUUUUGUCGAUUGGAUCAAUCAGCACAUUUCUGGAACCA